CAGCAGACUCUGAGACAUCGUUCACGUUGGUCCUCUUGGAGCGAAUGGUCUGCCUGCUCCAGUGGCUGGCAGCUGCGUACUCGAUAUUGCAACGAGGUAUAUUUGUCCUCCUCAAAUGCGCCAAGUGAUGAAAGAGGGACAGAAGAGGUGGGAGGCGACGAAAAGGAGGUUCGAACAUGGCAAGAAGCCGUCCUCGGUCGGUCUUCUGAGGUAAAGCAGCAAAACGAGGAGGCCGUGCUCGGUUGUCCAGGAGCUGCUGAAGAACACAGAACCUGUCAGGUUCAAUUCCCUGAUUCUCCAUUGUCCUUGCAAAAGUCUCCUAUCCCACCGUUCUCCAGCCUUUGGCCAAAUCAACGGCUAAAAGUGGCCCCCAAUCUCCAAUCCUCAGCUGGUAGGACCAUUUGGACUGGCUGGUCAGACUGGUCGACCUGUAUGUCUUCUGGUUGUGGCAGAUCUGGCAUCCGAAUGCGUCGGCGCCGCUGCACUGGGCCCUCGGUAGUUGAGUGUCAUGGACUUGGAUUCGAGGUCGCCCAAUAUGGUGCAAUGGGUUAA